UACAAAGCUAUUCCUUGAAGACACAAACAGUAGCGAGAGAAGCUUCCUCAGUACACUGUCCGAGGAUGCCUAAAAAGUUUAAAGGAACAAAUUCAAAGGCAGAGGAAGCUAGAGCUAGGAAAGAUGCUGUUAGACUUGCAGAAAAAGAGAGAAAACAGAGGGAAGAAGAAGAUAAAUACUGGGAGGAUAAUGAUAAACAUGUGAUGAAGAAACAGCAAAGGAAGGAUGAUAAAGAACGCAAACGGCAAGAAGCAACAGAGCGUAAGAUAGCCAACCAAGAAGCCCUGAAAGCUGAAGAAAGUGAAUUGCCAAAGCCAAGUUCCAGUGUUCGUGCUAAAAUGACAGUUGCAGAGAUUCAGGCAGAACGUGAAAGAAAAGCUGUCGCAGCUGCCUCUGCAACAGCUAAAACUAAAAAAGCAGAUGAGGAUACUAGUGAUAUUCUUGAAGAAAACCCUAAUCAGCAGAUGGCAGCACUAUUGGCAGCUGAAGGAUCUGUAGAAGCACGCUCUGUAGAAGAUGCCAUAGCUGUACUAAAUGUCAGCAAAACUACUCCCACUGACCGGCACCCAGAGAAGAGAAUGAAAGCAGCAUAUAAUGCAUUUGAAGAGCGUGAACUACCAAAGCUUAAAACAGAAAAUCCUAACAUGCGGUUAUCUCAAAUAAAACAGUUACUCAAGAAGGAAUGGAUGAAAUCACCAGAAAAUCCCAUGAACAUGGCUUAUGCUAAGAGGACAUAGCAAUUUAUACUCUUUUUGAAUUUAUCAAUCUUGAUAUCACAAAGUCUGUCUGUUUUGUCACUUCACUUUUUCAGUUGCCUAACUAACCCUGUAGUACAACCUUUCAGAUUUUAGAGUAUAGCUGGAUAGUUAACAGGAAUCAUCUUGGUUGAAUAGAAUAUGGCACAACAUCUUGUAAAUGGAAUUAAAGAAAAACAAAACAAAGUCAUGUGGUCUAAAGCCAAAAACCAGAGUCAUGUACUCUAUGCCUCUGAACAUUCUCCAGAGGUACCUCCAUCAAAGUCUCCAGGGAAAACCCACUUUUCAAAAAUUGGAAUAAUUUGUUAUGAAGAAGAAACUGACUGGAGAACUGUUCUCUCUUCCACCAAUGACAAACAGCUUUGUCAAGAAAUGAAUAAAGUCAAUGUCUGCUAAUAAAGGUACAGGAGUCAAUAAA